AUGGAAGCCCAAGGAGUAUCAGCACCUCAGCAAUCUCAUGAUGCUCAAGACAAAGCUCGGCAACAAGCAGAGAAUCAAGAGACUGCUAAAAACAGCAUGAUUUCUCAGAUUCUCGACCAGGCCGCGAUGCAAAGAUUGAGCAACCUGGCCGUAGCCAAGCCGGAAAAGGCUCAAAUGGUUGAAGCUGCAUUGAUUAACAUGGCCAGAAGAGGACAACUCUCCGGAAAAAUGAGCGACGAUGGAUUGAAGGCGUUGAUGGAACGUGUCUCCGCUCAAACCCAAAAAGCCACAUCAGUCAAGUUCGAUCGUCGUCGCAACGAGUUGGACUCCGAUGAGGAACUGGAUCUUUGA